AAAAAAAGAAGUACUACUGAUACAUACAACAUGGAUGAAACUCAAAUAUGUAUGCUAAGGGUUUAUUUCAAAAACCAGCUGAAGUUGGCCCUUAUUGGUCAGAGCCUCUUUGGACAAGAAGUCUACAGCCACCUCUGCAAAGAGGGCCAUCGUGUGGUGGGGGUGUUCACAGUUCCAGACAAGGAUGGAAAAGCUGACCCACUGGCUUUGGCUGCAGAGAAAGAUGGGACCCCUGUGUUCAAGUUCCCCAGAUGGAGAGUCAAGGGCAAGACCAUAAAGGAGGUGGCAGAGGCCUACAGAUCCGUGGGUGCCGAGCUAAACGUGCUUCCUUUCUGCACACAGUUCAUCCCCAUGGAUGUAAUUGACAGCCCAAAGCACGGUUCCAUCAUUUACCACCCGUCCAUCCUUCCCAGGCACAGAGGAGCCUCUGCUAUCAACUGGACUCUAAUUAUGGGAGAUAAGAAAGCUGGAUUUUCUGUAUUCUGGGCUGAUGAUGGUUUAGACACAGGACCCAUCCUUCUUCAGAGGUCAUGUGAUGUUGAACCCAAUGAUACAGUGGAUGCACUAUAUAAUCGAUUUCUUUUUCCUGAAGGAAUCAAAGCCAUGGUGGAAGCUGUUCAACUCAUAGCCGAUGGAAAAGCUCCUCGGAUUCCCCAGCCAGAAGAAGGGGCAACCUAUGAAGGUAUCCAGAAAAAGGAAAAUGCUGAGAUUUCUUGGGAUCAGUCUGCUGAAGUUUUACAUAACUGGAUCCGAGGCCAUGAUAAAGUCCCUGGUGCUUGGACAGAGAUAAAUGGACAGAUGGUCACGUUCUAUGGCUCUUCACUACUGAAUAGCUCCAUGCCUCCUGGAGAACCCCUGGAAAUUAAAGGUGCCAAGAAGCCUGGCCUUGUUACCAAAAAUGGACUUGUUCUUUUUGGUAACGAUGGAAAAGCACUGAUGGUGAGAAAUCUACAGUUUGAAGAUGGGAAAAUGAUUCCUGCCUCUCAGUACUUUUCAGCGGGUGAGACCUCAGUGGUAGAACUUACAGCCGAAGAGAUGAAGGUGGCGGAGACCAUCAAGGUCAUCUGGGCUGGAAUUUUAAGCAACAUUCCUGUUAUUGAAGACUCAACAGACUUCUUUAAAUCUGGAGCAAGCUCAAUGGAUGUUGUCAGGCUGGUUGAAGAGAUCAGACAGAAAUGUGGUGGGCUUCAGUUACAGAAUGAAGAUGUCUAUAUGGCCACCAAGUUUGAAGACUUCAUCCAAAAAGUCGUGAGGAAACUUAGAGGAGAAGAUCAGGAAGAAGAGCUAGUAGUGGAUUAUGUUUCCAAGGAGGUCAAUGCAAUGACAGUAAAUAUGCCAUAUCAGUGUUUCAUAAAUGGACAGUUCACAGAUGCUGAAGAUGGAAAGACUUACGACACUAUCAACCCAACAGACGGCUCUACAAUAUGCAAAGUAUCCUAUGCUUCUUUGGUGGAUGUUGAUAAAGCAGUAGCAGCAGCCAAAGAUGCCUUUGAAAAUGGUGAAUGGGGAAGAAUGAAUGCAAGAGAAAGAGGAAGAUUGAUGUACAGACUCGCAGACCUACUGGAAGAGAACCAAGAAGAGCUGGCAACCAUUGAAGCCCUCGAUUCUGGCGCGGUCUACACCUUGGCUCUCAAGACUCACAUUGGAAUGUCUGUGCAAACAUUCAGAUAUUUUGCUGGCUGGUGCGACAAAAUUCAGGGUUCUACCAUCCCUAUCAACCAGGCCCGUCCAAAUCGCAAUCUGACCUUCACCAAGAAGGAGCCACUUGGUGUCUGUGCCAUUAUCAUCCCCUGGAAUUACCCGCUGAUGAUGCUGGCGUGGAAGAGUGCCGCCUGUCUCGCAGCAGGCAAUACCUUAGUGCUCAAGCCAGCGCAGGUCACGCCCUUGACUGCUUUGAAGUUUGCAGAGCUCUCUGUUAAAGCUGGCUUUCCCAAGGGGGUAAUCAACAUCAUUCCGGGCUCAGGCUCAAUUAUGUUUUCCAUGUCAAGUGGUAAUUUAUGGUGGAAGGAGAGAGAGAGAGAGAGACACUAAAUGCUCAUUUCCCAUUUAUUUUUCUCUAGUGCUGCGAGCAACUUAAAGAAAGUUUCUCUUGAACUUGGUGGCAAAUCCCCACUUAUAAUAUUCAAUGACUGUGAAAUUGACAAAGCCGUGCGAAUGGGCAUGGGAGCGGUAUUUUUCAACAAAGGAGAGAACUGUAUUGCAGCUGGGCGCUUGUUUGUGGAAGAAUCCAUCCACGAUGAAUUUGUGACAAGAGUGGUGGAAGAAAUUAAAAAGAUGAAAAUUGGUGAUCCGCUUGACAGAUCUACUGAUCACGGGCCCCAGAAUCAUAAAGCGCAUCUGGAAAAGCUUCUUCAAUACUGUGAAGCAGGAGUGAAAGAGGGGGCCACCCUGGUGUACGGGGGAAGACAAGUUCCAAGGCCAGGCUUUUUUAUGGAACCGACUGUGUUCACAGAUGUGGAAGACCACAUGUACCUGGCCAAAGAGGAAUCCUUUGGGCCUAUUAUGGUCAUUUCUAAAUUCCAAAAUGGGGACAUCGAUGGAGUGUUGCUGCGAGCAAAUAAUACAGAGUACGGUUUGGCUUCGGGGGUUUUCACAAGAGACAUAAACAAAGCGAUGUACAUUAGUGAGAAACUUGAAGCGGGGACCGUGUUUAUUAACACUUACAACAAGACGGACGUGGCAGCCCCCUUCGGCGGAGUUAAACAAUCUGGCUUUGGAAAAGACUUAGGUGAGGAAGCGCUAAACGAAUACCUCAAAACCAAGACGGUGACGCUGGAAUAUUAGAGCGAUGCCACGACCAGGAAACCCUCGGCAGACAGCACCACUCCUCCAUUCCCGACGUGCAGAAGAGGGCUGGCUGUGCCGAGGAAGGCGGUGUCAGCCACGAGCCAAAGAGUCACACGUGGACCAUGAGACCCUCAGGCCACAUGUCUGAGCAUUACACCUAUGCCUGAGCUAUACACCUUCUAUAUCUUACUUUUUCAUAUUUUGAAAUAAGAUAUAUUUUUGUGCCUUUGAUGUUCUAUUUUUCAAUCCCCUGUGAUGGGUGAUCAACCCACAAACAGUCCUUGAGUACCUACUGGGUACAAGGUACUAUAUUAUGUCCUGAGGAGUAUACAAAAUUUAAUGACAUGACCUCUGACCCCAAAUAGUUUAAAUUCUAGUCAAUAGCUUUUACUUUUUCAGGGAUGGAGAACACUCAACCCGUCAGUAGCUUUUAAAGUAAAUUUUACGAUAUGAUAUAUAGGUGUGGGCAAAAGUAGGUUUACAAUUAUAAUACAAAUAAAUAAUACAAUAAUUAACAAAUAACAUUACUAGAAUAACUGUUUCGCAUAGUCACAACUGUAAACCUACUUUUACCCACCACUAUUGUGUAAAGUACAUAGCUUUUGGAGGCUGAUCUUGGUCCAUAUCAUACCAUCUUACUAGCUAUGUGACUUUGGGAAACUUAUGCAACUUCUCUGAGCCUCGGUUCCCUUAUCUGUGAAAUGGGUAUAGUAGUGCCUCCCUCAGGAGCUUUUUGACAGGGAUUCAAUGCAAUACUAUAAGUAAAGCACCUCACACUGUGCUUUGUCAUGGUAAACACUCAAUAAAAGUUAACUAUUUCCACCAUCA